AUGGAUAAGUUCACACUGUUAUUACUCAGUAACUGCGUCACGAUCCGCGCGGGAGAAGACGAUAGCAAAUUCACCGUUCACGAAGCCCUUCUUUCAAAGUCUGGCUCGCCGUCGCUUCAGAAACUAGUGGAGCCAGGCUGGAAGGAAUCAUCAGAAGGAUGCAUUGACUGGAGGCACACAAGUUCCCAGACCGUUGAACGGGUCCUGACUUGGCUUUAUCUUCGUGACUACCAUAGCCCAGAUCCUGUACCUCGAGAAAUUGGAAUAGAGCCAGAUGAGACACCCAGCCGAAGACAUGUUUCAGAAGCAGGAGUGGACAGUCAACCAGGGACACAGACGGGUGAAGGCAUUGACGAAACGGAAGUCGAGUUCAACGAUCCGCCACUUGACGUAGCGGACGAGCCAGCGCCAGAGCCAGUGGCAGAAGUCCUUGAUCCAGCGGACGAGCCAGAGCCAGUGGCAGAUGUCGUUCUGGAAGAGCCACAGCCUGAAGUGGAACCUGCAGAACCUGCAGAACCCGACCUUCUCGAAGCCGAGAAUUCAGAACUCCAAAACGCGAUAUUCGAGUCAUGUAGCAUUCGUCCAUUGACUCCACUGGGCAAGUGUAUUGGAGUCCCGCCCGUUACGACUGCACAUAAAACUGCCGCUGGAAGGUUUGAGGGUCUGGAAUUUCCUCACAAGUAUUUCUCCUAUGGGGAACCAUUGCUCGCCCAUUUGGAAGUAUACAGUUUCGCAAAGUAUCACCUGCUCUCUGAGCUGCAGGAACUCGCCCUCCAGCGAUCAAUCGUCACGCUGAGGAAAAUGGAUUGCACGGUGGAGCUUGCCGAGCAGGAAGUCUCAAAAGCCGUUGAAUUCGUCUAUGCCAAUAUUCCCGCCGAUCGAGGCAACGAAGAACCUAUGAGGAAGCUCUUGUCGCAGUUUGCAGCUAUGAAUUACACCUCCCUCUUGCACGGCAGCUUCGAGGCGCUUAUUGCUCGUGGCGGUGAUUUCGCACUUGAUCUAGCACGAAAACUAUCGCGUCGCCUUCUUGCGCACGGAGUCUCAGAUGAAUUGGUGCAAGACGAGCUAGAAGAUCGCAUACAAAAUCUCGAGGCCCAGCUGCAGGAGCGCGAUCGAGAAAUCCGGAAACUGAAUGAAAGUCUAAACGAGGUAUUAGUAUGGGGCCGUGGUAUCAGCAAGAAAGGAAAGCGGCGCUGA